CUGGCCCGGAUAGCGAGCUAGCCCCGAUGAUUUCAAGGGAUUGAAAAGAGCCAAAACUUCAAGGUUAAAAAUUACAAAUGUUUGCGAAGCACCACACGUCAUUCUGGUUGUAAUUCUCAAAUUAUGAUAAUGUUACCUGUUGACCUGGAGGAUGAUAUCGUGCCCAAAUAUCUGGAAGACGAGGACGAACAAGAUGGUCAGCAAUCGUCAAAAGGUUUGAAUGAAACAGAGGAGGAAAUGCCUCAAGAAACAGUUGAAGAAACAAAAGAACAAGACAGCAUCAGUUUACAUAGUACGCCUAGUUUACGAUUUGAACCUGUCGAAGAACACGAACCAGUUGUGCAGACGGAGAGGAUGCUGUUCAAUUCAUUGAUCAUUAAGUGUGUCGUUCAAUUGGAACUUAUCCAAAUGAUCGACAAUGUCGUCUUUUUCCCAAGCACCAGCAAGCGAGAAGAUGAAGAUACUAUGGCUGAAUUACAGUGUCUCAACACUCCUCGACGAACCGGUAAACGAAAACACGACGGAAUGUUUCCACAUCUUACAUCUAACCAACUGUUUUUGUUUUGCGAAGUGCUGGAGAACUCGUAUAAGUUUGCUAAAGGCUUCAAUUUUAACAGCAAGCUGAGGACGGCGCUUUGGAAAGCUGGUAAACGCUUCAUUAAUAUAUUGUACCAUUUGACACGAGCGACACAUUUUUGUACAAUUUCUAUUCGAAUUGGAAAUUAAUACACGAGUAAAAACAUCACAUUCAAAA